AUGGGCAGCAUCGGUCAGACUUUCUUGGGUUCCAUCGACCAAGGGACGACAAGCUCGAGAUUCCUCAUAUUCAGCGCGGCUGGAGACGUUGUUGCAUCGCACCAGCUCGAAUUCCGGCAAAUAUAUCCUCAGCCUGGCUGGCAUGAACACGACCCCUUGGAAAUAAUAUCAUCCGUUGAAAAAUGCAUCGAUGGCGCCGUUGCUUCAUUUGAGAGCCAGGGCCACAGUAUAAAGGCUAUCAAGGCCAUCGGAAUUACAAACCAGCGAGAAACAACUGUGGUAUGGGACAAAGACACAGGGGAGCCGCUCUACAACGCGAUCGUAUGGACAGACACGCGCACGCAGGCACUUGUUCGCAAGUUGAAAAAACGCCUUGGGGGAAAUGACCUGCAGGCCCUCUGUGGACUUCCCUUGUCAACCUACCCAUCUGUUGGCAAACUGCUGUGGAUUAUCGAAAAUGUACCAAAGGCCAAAGAAGCAUAUGAAAAGGGAACCCUCGCCUUUGGGACCAUUGAUACAUGGCUCAUAUAUAAGCUCAACGGCGGAACAAAGAAAAAUGUCUAUGUCACCGAUCCUACAAAUGCUUCAAGGACAAUGUUUAUGAACAUCACAACACUCCAGUAUGAUGAGCAACUCAUUGAGUUCUUCCGCAUAGAUCGCGAGAAAGUCCAUUUAGCCAAAAUAAUCCAUUCAUCAGACCCAGAAGGAUACGGCUCCCUAGCUUCCACGGUCCUAAAAGGCUUCCGUAUCACAGGCUGUCUGGGGGAUCAAUCUGCCGCACUUGUUGGCCAAAAGGCAUUCACUCCUGGCCUGGCGAAAAAUACAUACGGCACAGGUUGCUUCCUGUUAUACAACAUAGGGGAAACCCCUGUUAUAUCCAAACACGGCCUCCUCACCACCGUCGCUUUCGACUUCAAUGGGAAAGUUAUGUAUGCGCUUGAAGGGAGUAUUGCCGUUGGCGGAUCCAGCGUUAAAUUCUUAGUAAACAAUUUUGGCUUCAUAGAUAAGUCCAGCGAUAUAAGCGCUCUGGCCGAGACAGUGGAGGACAAUGGUGGCCUGGUUUUUGUAACAGCCUUUAGCGGCUUGUUUGCCCCGUACUGGAUGGAUGACGCGCGUGGGACAAUGUUUGGAAUUACUACGUUCACAAAACGCGGACAUGUAGCACGUGCGACGCUUGAGGCGACCUGUUUCCAAACUAAAGCCAUUCUCGAUGCCAUGGAGAAGGACAGUGGCCAUAAAUUGACAGAAUUGGCGGUCGACGGAGGCAUGUGUAAUAGUGAUUUGACGAUGCAGACACAAUCCGAUAUCAUAUCUAUCCCGGUUCAUCGACCAGCAAUGCGCGAAACCACAGCUCUGGGGGCUGCGAUUGCUGCAGGAUUGGCUGUUGGCGUCUGGCAAGGGCUCGAAGAAUUAAAGACCAUAAACAUAGACGGCUGCACCGUGUUCACGCCCGCUAUUACCAAGGAAGAGGCUGCUACCAAAUUCUCUAGAUGGGAGAAGGCUGUACAGAUGUGCAAAGGCUGGGCUAAUUGA